GGGGAGAGAUAAGAGAUAUAACAAAAAAUCCAGACGGACGGGAGUUGAAGCGCAAAACCGAAGGGCAUCAGUUUAACCAACUAAACUGAAAAUGGCGCUACAAAUCCACACUCCAUCUUCUUUCACUAACGGACUCUAUCAUCGCAACUUCAUCUUCCCAAAACCUAUUUUUUCGAUCAAAUCCCAGAAGCCUACCGAUGACGCCGAGCCCUCUCCUGAGCCCAGCUCCACGCCCAAGAAGCCCGCCGCGCCAGGCCAAGGGUUUGGCUCCUCCUCUCCUUCCUCUUCUUCAUCCCUACCCUCCGGCAAGUCAAGCAUAAGCAGCGGCAAGAAGAAGCAGAAGGGAAAAAGAGUGAGUGCUUCGAUAAUAAGGCGGUCGCCCGUUGAGAAACCUGCGUUUGUGAGCAAAGAAGAAGAGGCUAAAGCUGAGGAACAGAGAAAAAAUGAGAGUGCCUUUUUACUGGCGUGGUUAGGGCUUGGUGGGGUCAUACUUGUGCAAGGCAUUGUUCUUGCUGCUUCAGGCUUCCUACCAGAAGAGUGGGAUAAGUUCUUUGUGAAGUACUUGUACCCAUCUUUCACCCCAACUGUUCUCUUGUUUCUUGCUGGAACUGUUGCAUAUGGAGUGCUGAAGUAUCUGCAAAAUGAGAAUCUUAAAGACCAAAAUUAAAUAUAUCAUUCCAAUUAUCUGAUAUUUCCAAAUUGUAAGAGCAGACUGCUGUCAUGAAAAGCAAGUGAGCAUUUGUACAUUUCCGUAAGCUGUACUUUCAGUUCUAGUGCUUUCCUUGUUAAGAGAAUUGUAUUAAAGAGCACAACAAAGGAAUUUUCCUGCAAGGGAUGUCAACCAUCCUUAUCAGUGAUCAGCGGCUUUAUGAUUGGCCACUGAAGCAGCAGCUCAAAAUUGUGUAUCUCAAUAUAUGAACUGUUUUGAUUCUGUUAUGUCUGAAUUCUUUGAAAGCGAAGCGGAGUUAUUUGUUA